GACCCGACGUUUGUCGUGGUGUCUGGCAUUCCCUGCAGUUGUGCCGGGUUGUGGUGGAUAACCGAGAUAGCUGGAAACGCAUCAAGCAAGGACUUGAUGUAGUUACGAAUCACCUUUCUCCCCGUUUGGGAAGCCCAGCAGCAUCUUCAUUCAAGCUUUUAUUGUUGGAUAAAAAGACUGUGGGCGGAGAAAAUACCAGUGAUUGUACCCCAAUUUUGGAACGUGUGCUACUUAAGGACAAACGAGGCAGCCCAAGGUCACGUGACCUGUCCAUUUGGAUGAAACUAGCAGAGGCACCAUGUCAUCAUGUGUCUCAAGCAGAUCUGCUGCUGAGAGGCCUAUUAGGAAAGAUGAACAAUAUGGUAACAACAUCAAUCAGCCAGACAUUAGUAGUAGUUUAUCAUCCCUAAACAUUGACUUAGGCAUGGAGUCUUUCAUUAUUAUAACUGAAUGUGAUCAGAAUGUCACUGGCAGUGAGCUAGGAGAAAAUGGAGAAGAAAUGCUGGAAGAUGAACCUAUGCAGGAAGGUAAUGAGGAGAUCAGACCAUUCUGUGCUUCUGGACGAUUAGAAAGAGCUCAAUCAGAAGAUGUCCGAGUACCUAGAGUCAGGCUUAAUAUGUCCAAUCGGAAGCUAUCUCUUCAAGAAAGAUCUAAUUUAACCCAGUCAACUGGAAGCUGCUCAACCAUUAACGGACGUUAUAUAUAUCCUUCUUUACCAUGUUCUCCACUUGCAUCGCCACAUUCCUCGCCUCGAUUGCCUCGACGGCCUACAGUUGAAUCUCACAGAGUUUCAAUUACAGAUCUGCAGGAUUGUGUCCAGUUAAACCAGUACAAGUUAAAAGAUGAAAUUGGAAAGGGUUCCUAUGGCGUUGUCAAACUGGCAUAUAAUGAAGAUGAUAAUACCUACUAUGCAAUGAAAGUCCUUUCUAAAAAGAAGUUAAUUAAACAAGCUGGAUUUCCCCGUCGUCCUCCACCUAGAGGCGCCAAAGCAGUUCCACAAACCUCAGUGCAACUUAAAGGACCUUUGGAUUGUGUGUACCAAGAAAUUGCCAUUUUGAAAAAGUUGGAUCAUCCAAAUGUGGUCAAACUAAUUGAAGUACUUGAUGACCCCAGUGAAGACCAUUUGUAUAUGGUCUUUGAAUUAGUGAAACAAGGCCCUGUGAUGGAAGUUCCAACUGAUAAACCCUUGACAGAAGAACAAGCACGAUUCUACUUUCAGGAUUUGACUAUGGGAAUUGAAUUCUUGCACUAUCAAAAGAUCAUUCAUCGUGACAUUAAACCUUCCAAUCUCUUGGUUGGAGAAGAUGGACGCAUCAAAAUAGCUGACUUUGGUGUUAGCAAUCAGUUUGAAGGAACAGAUGCUCUUCUAACCAGCAGUGUGGGUACUCCUGCGUUUAUGGCCCCAGAGACCAUUUUAGAAUCCAGGAGGAAUUUUCAUGGCAAGGCUUUGGAUGUUUGGGCGAUGGGUGUCACACUAUACUGCUUUGUUGUGGGGCAAUGCCCCUUUAUGGAUGAUCAGAUAUUAAGUUUGCAUAACAAAAUUAAAAACUACCCUGUGGAAUUUUCUGAACAGCCAGAACUGUCUGAAGAGGUGAAGAGUCUAAUUUUUAAAAUGUUAGAUAAAAACCCAGAAACAAGAAUCACAGUUUCACAAAUCAAGUUGCAUCCAUGGGUGACAAGACAUGGUGCUGAAGCACUUCCUACAGAGGAUGAGAAUUGUGUACUAGUUGAAGUAACUGAAGAAGAGGUUGAGAAUUCAGUCAAACAUAUUCCAAGUCUAGCUACAGUGAUUCUCGUCAAAACAAUGCUACGAAAACGUUCCUUUGGAAAUCCUUUUGAGGGAAACAAGAGAGAGGAACGACCUAUGUCUGUGUCAGGAAGCCUCCUUGUAAGAAACAAGGCAGGAAAUGUGAAAUACUGCUACUUGCAUAGUAGUCAAAGAAAACAAAGUAGUGGAGAUAGUAUGAAGAAUUCUGAACUACCAGAAGUUGGAGAGGAUGAAGUUUUGCCAUGAGAUUAUAUGCAAUAAAGGACAUACGCAUGUUUCAUUGGGUUCCCAAAAAAAUAAUCAGCUGCUGUGAUGUUAGGAGCCAAAUGUAUACAUCAGUAUGAUAUUUCCUAAGAUGUAAGUUGCCAGUUGCAUAAUCAACUCAGUAAGUUUCAUGUAUUUUGUGCUUUUGCAUGGAAAUUCUUUGAAACACACAAUUGCUUAAGAUACUGAUGUAUUCAUUUUUAAGGCAUGGAGGUAGUUGAUGUGCGAGUACAGAUGUUGGAUUGGUUUUAACAUUUUAAUAAGUAUACAAUUUUAAAUUUGUGGUACGUUUCCUAAAGGCAUUUGGGGCCCAGAAUUUCACCUUCAAGAGGAAGUUGUAGAUAUUUAGUGAUUUUUCACAUCAUGAUAUCAAUCAGAAUGCAUAUUGCAAAAUGUUUACAGUAUUUGCUUAAUGUAAAAGUCUGCUUUUAACUUUUUAAAUAGUAUUUACAAUGUAAUAUGACAAUUAAAUUAAUUAUAAUAAUAUCAAGAAUAAUGCACAUUAUUGGCCGUUUAAUUUUGUACUAUUUCAUUAGUUUGUAUCGGCUAUGUAGUUUACUAAACAUUAUUUAGCUUAUUAAAAAGUAUAGUGAAGACAAGUUUUAAUACUAAUUAUCAUAAAUAACAUUCUCCAUGGAAAUGCUAGAUCCAUGGUAGAACUGAGUUGCUUCUUAUUUUCAAAAUUAUUCACUUUUAUAGGGUGUGGCUAUUAAUAUAACACAUAUUUCACUCUUAUUUUACCCAUGGUUAAAAAACAUUUAAUGUUAUAAAGCUGGCUGUAAAUGUUGCCACUUCUUGGUUGUGUGUUUCCUGUACGCAUUUCAAUUAUCGAACCUUCCCCCUUUUCAGGAAAUAUAUAAUUGUUGCAAGUAAACAAAUGCAAAACAAAGUGCUAUAAUUUCUUAAUAAUGUUUUCCUAGAGGCCAAGUACCUGUUCUAUGAUGUACAAUAUGCAUCAUUAAUAUGCAUGAAACAGAGGCUCUAUUUUUGUGGUGAAUUUCUCAGUGUGAAUUCUGUUCAGUAUGUUGUAGUGUGGGCACAGAUCUUUCCAUAAUACACAAUAUUAGAUUCAAUGUUGUAAGUUUCACUGUGCCUUAUUUGGUACAUGUGACAAUAAACUGACCUUGAAACCUUGAAAUACAUGCACAGGGAGAAUGAUGCUUCUGUGUAGAUGGUCAUAUGAAUUUGAUGCAGUGUGCAUUAUAUUUAAUUAAAAACGAAGUCUAUUACCAUAUCAAUGAAUGAUGAAUAGUGAGCAUAAUGUAGAAAAAUAUUUUGCUAUCUAACUGUUUGAAAUGUAAGUUUGGGUGAAACCUAUCCACUGCUUUAAGAUACUCUAUAAAACCUACCUCUUUUAGCCACUUAUCCUAAUAUGUCCUUAUUUGCGACUGUUAGCUUAUAUCCAAUAUCCUUGAGGCAAUUUAUUGAUUUCAAGUCACUGUCUAAGUGCAAGUUGUUGAUGAAAUAUCUUUUAACAUUUUGAGAACAAAGAUAUGUACAGUUUUUAAGUGUUCAUGGAAAAGUUAGUUAUGAUAUUGCUGCAAUAUUUCUGGUAUUUUGCCAAAUAUGUAUAUUUACUAAAACUAUGUAUGCUGAUGUUUUAUACAGAUGGCCAAAUAUUAUCUGUAUUGUGUAUUUAUGAAAACAACCAUAUUUAAUAUCAGUAUUAUUCUUGCAUACUAGGUGUUUCCAACAUAUUUGAUAUUUCAUUCUCAAAGGCUUUCAAUUUAUACGUAUAGAUCAAUUUUAAUUAAACCUUACCUUAAUGUCUUGCAAUAUGGAUGUUGUUUUUGGAGCUUGGGGGGCACUGUUACUUCGAUUUAAUUAAGUUGCAUAAUGAAAUUAUAUAAACAUGGGAAAUUGUGUGAUGGACUGCAGAUAAAUAAUUGUUUAAUGUCGAUAAGGAAUAUCUUCAGUUUUAUUAAUUAAAAUAGAUUUAGUAGUUGUAAGAAAAUGUUAUUAUUUACUUAAUAAAUUGAUGUUUUCAGCCACAAA